UUUUUUUUAAACAGAAAAAUGUCCACCAUGAAGGUAGUGAUAAAAGGACUAGUAUUGUUCGAUUACCAAACUUCUUUCUCUAUUUAUAAAGUUCCUAUCGUUGAAAAUAACUCUUGGUCAAUAACAUAAACUCGUAGGUUAGUAUUUAUAUAAACGAAAAUAUUGAAGAUUCUCUGUUAAAUAUCAAACCUGUAAUUAAGACCAAUCAAUCAAAUAAAUUUAUCACAACAAUUAAUCUCGGUUCAUUUUAUACUAUCUGAUCUCAGCCUUCAUAAAGCAUUUAAAUUAUAUCUCCUUGGUGUAAUUUCAGUCUUUAACAUAAAACCAUUCAACAUGGAUGUAAUAUUCACCGCUGUAAAAGUAAUCAUGGCAGGUAUUAUUUUAUCCGGUUUGGGUGCAUAUGGCUACAUUGCCAAAUAUGAUAAGUUCGACAUUAACCCGUUGGCUACAAUUUAUACUAUAAUAGUGAUUUGUACAUUUUGUACAGUUUAUGUUAGAGACAUAAUCCAUCAAUAUGUCGCAGGUGAAUUCGAUAUCAAUAACGUCGGAAAACUAUACUCUAAUAUGAAUAUAAUUGCCGGUGUAGUUUCAUUUGGUGUUCAUAUCAUUUUUGUGCGAAGACAUAUUGUUUUUAUAAAUUUUGCCAGACCACAUUUGUAUAAACUUCUCGACUUUUUGGACGAUAACGAUGGGCGAAUCGAAAGAGGCGUCCUUAAAGUAGGAAUAAAAAUAUUUAUAUCCCCAACUCUACUUGAGAUAGUUUUGAUUUUGCGAUCUUUGCAUUUCGAGCCGGAUAAAAGUUUAGGUUGGACAAUUUAUACAAUGAUUCCGUAUUUAAUUCGAACAGUGCCAGCUACAACUGUUUAUGGAAUGACUCUUUUGUGUGCGGGUUUCAUAGAAGUCAUGAACUUGCGGGUUAAGAAAAUUGUGGAUGAAGUAAAUCGAAUGAGUACCCACAAGGAAUGGCUUUGUAAGACCUCUUUCCAUCGCAUGCAACGUUAUUGUGAUUUGAGUGAUAAAAUCGAUAGACUGAAUAAUGUUUAUAACAUUAUUAUUGAUGUUAGUGAUGAGUUAUUGAAUUUCUCAUCGAUACCAUGGAUGAAUUCAAUGUUGUGCAAUGUUGUUGGAAUUAUGUCAGGUUGUUUUACACAAUACAUGAGCAUUGCCGAUUCGAUUUUUAAUGGCAAGGAAUAUGAUUAUUACAGUGUAAUGACUGAUUCUGCAUUUAUGUUUAUUUCUUUAAUGGAAAUUCAUACACAGUCGGGAUCUUGUGCAGCAACAGUAGAUCAAAUUCGUCAAACGGGAAUAAUUUUAAGUCAAGCUGACACAACACAAGCAGAUGUAAGAUUGAGAGAGUCUUUUGAAUUUUUCAACUUACGCAUUCUUCAGAGAGAUUAUAAAAUUAAACCAUUGGGCUUAUUUUUAGUUGAUUGGUCUUUGCUUCAUGGGGUAUUUGCAACAGUGACUAGCUUUCUACUGAUACUUAUUCAAGCUGAUUUGUCGAAAAGAUUUCUACAGUAAAUUACCCUAUAAAAUGUUCAAAUAAUAAGAAAAUACAUUAUAA